AUGGAUGACAUUGAAGACGGUGAAAUAGUCGGUGAUGUGAAUAGGAAAAGAAACGAAUCGAUGUGUCGUGGGGGUGACAGAGAAGAAGCCUCCUCCGAUGAUCCGAAAGCAGCAUCAAUCCCAUCUCAAGCGUCUCCGGAGAUCUUGGAAUCCCAAAAGGCAUAUGUGCACUCCAAUGAAGAGAUAACAAUUCCAAUUCUCAUUGAUACUGAGUUAGUUAAUGCUAAUGAAGCACGUGGUGAUAAGCCUAAAAAAUCCGAUCGGGGCACAGUUGACUUGGUCAUACCUGUUGAUUGUAAAGCAGACAAUCCAUUGUUGGGCUGCCUAAGGCCCACCUCGCCAACCUCCUUCCUUCCAGAUUAG